UAAAUAAAUAAUUAAGAAAAUUCCCCAAUUAAUUAAUUAUUUAUAACAAAACCAGAUAAGAUAAAUUAACCCUAAAUCUCAUCAUCAUCUUCAUCACUUCCCCUUCUUUUAUUUCGUGUAGUCUUAGGUUUAUCGAGAAGAAUAAUAAAAAGACAGCUAUAAUGCAUAAUCGAUCUUAUUACAGCAAUCGAGAGUGAAAGAGCAGCAGUCUCUCCAAUCUUACCUCUUUUUGAUUUAUUUAUUUUAAUUUAAUUUUGUUUUUCAGGAAGAGAAAAAAAAAAAGAAGAAGAAAUAAAUAGAAUAAUGGGGCGUCUGGAGAGCGCCAUGUCCGAUUUCCUCCGCCAAUGCGGCGGCGGCGCGGCGGUGAUCGACGGCGGACUCGCGACGGAGCUGGAACGCCACGGCGCCGAUCUCAACGAUCCUCUCUGGAGCGCCAAGUGUCUCGUCACUUCCCCUCACCUAAUCCGCGAUGUGCACCUGGAUUAUCUCGAAGCUGGCGCGGAUAUAAUCAUUACAGCCUCGUAUCAGGCGACGCUACAGGGGUUCGAGAGCAAAGGCUAUUCUCUCGAAGAAGGUGAGGGGUUGCUCCGAAAGAGCGUCCAGAUUGCGAUCGAGGCGCGGGAACUUUACUACGCGAGAUGCCGUGAAGCGUCGAACGAUCAGCCUCCGGACGAGAGGAUUCUUGAAGAACGCCCGAUAUUGGUCGCGGCGUCGGUGGGCAGUUACGGCGCUUACCUGGCUGACGGCUCCGAAUACAGCGGUGAUUACGGCGAGCACGUCGAUCUUGAGUUCUUGAAGAGCUUCCAUCGAAGGAGGGUCAAGGUUCUCGCCGAUUCUGGCCCCGAUAUAAUAGCGUUCGAGACAGUACCGAAUAAGCUCGAGGCUCAGGCAUUUGCAGAGCUAAUUGAAGAAGAAGAAGACAUAAAUAUUCCGGCGUGGCUUUCGUUCAAUUCCAAGGACGGAGUCCAUGUCGUCAGCGGUGAUUCUUUGUCGGAGUGCGUUGCCGUUGCCGAGACGUCCAAGAAGAUCGUUGCCGUCGGGAUCAACUGCACCCCGCCCCGAUUCAUCCGCGACCUCAUUUUAUCGAUCAAGAAGGUGACGAAUAAGCCGAUACUCAUUUACCCGAACAGCGGCGAGAGCUACGACCCCGACCGGAAGGAGUGGGUGCAAAACACUGGGGUUUCGGACAAAAGCUUCGUCUCCUAUGUAACCAAGUGGCGCGAAGUAGGGGCCUCGCUGAUCGGAGGCUGCUGCCGGACGACUCCCGACACGAUCCGCGGAAUUCGUCGGGCCCUCUCCCCGCACGGCAGCCACUGACAUUGUCGGUCGUUUGGUUUGGACUUGGCAAUGAGUUUCAGAAAGUUUGUGAGCAGCAGCAGCAGCAGCUAAAGAGAUACAAAAUGUUUAAUGUCUGAAAGACAAAGUUCUUUUUAUACUAUUUAUUACACGCAGUUUUUAAUAAAAA